UGCCGUUGCGCUGUGCGUGAUGACGUCAGACGACUCGUCUGUAUCGCUGUAUCGGGAGGGGCCUAGCAGAGCCUGGAAGUUGGAGUGAGACGGAAACGGAGGGGAAGCCGGGGCGGGCGGCGAAGUGGUUACAGGAGAGUGCGGUGCCGAAAGGCCUGCAGAGUGACGGGAUGGUGGAGAAGGCCGGCUGCGGGAGAGAGUCUAUGCCCUCACUAAUGCCAAGUGGAUUAAAUCCUGCAUUUACGGGGAGUUCACAAAUGCACGCCAAGCAGGGCAUGAAAUUGGAGGCUGUCAUGGAGCAACUCCAAAAGCAACAACUGCAAGCUGCUCGAAGCAUGGAGGAACGGGAGCGGCAAAUAAGAGAAACACAACUACUGUAUGCCCAGCAGCUGGCAUCACAGCAUGUAAUGAAAUCUGCACCUGGUCCUGCCAAUUUGUCAACUGUUAAGGCCCGCCCGCCCAUGGCACCUCCGCAGGUUACUAGUGAUCCGGAUGAAGAUGAGGAGAUGGAUGAUGACGAAAGUGAUGAAGGAGACUCGUAUGAGGAAGACGGUGAUCGCAGAGAAGGUCAGCCAUCCAUGUUGGCACAGAAAUAUCUACAGGCUCAAAGGGAGCAGCAGGGAAUAGUCGCAUCUAAUGCGCAAGGGAACCUUGGUCAGCGACAUCUUGCUGUGAAAGAGGAGCCCCAAGAUGAAAAUUUUAACCCUUCACCCUCUAAACAUCCAAAGCAAAACAUGGAGGAGCAUAUAAAGCCAGAGAACACCUCUUGGUCCGAACAUGGAGAUGGACAUAACAGAGAAGCAUCUCGGGACUUUGCAAAGCUUUACGAGCUUGAUAGUGAUCCAAAACGGAAAGAAUUUCUCGAUGAUCUUUUUGUGUUCAUGCAAAAGAAAGGCACCCCCAUCAGCCGUAUACCCAUAAUGGCCAAGCAGUUGUUGGACCUGUAUAUGCUAUACAAGCUUGUAACUGAAAAGGGAGGCCUUGUUGAAGUUAUCAAUAAGAAAAUCUGGAGAGAGAUCACAAAGGGAUUGAACUUACCAACCUCCAUUACCAGUGCUGCCUUCACCUUGCGUACACAAUACAUGAAGUACCUUUAUCUCUAUGAGUGUGAGAAGAAAUCACUCAGCUCUCCCGCAGAGUUACAAGCUGCAAUAGACGGAAACCGAAGAGAAGGCAGACGUCCUAGCUAUGGAACUACCUCUUUUAACUACUCCCCAACUCCAGCAGGGCCCGCUGCUCUCAUGGGAGCUGGGAAACUUCAUUUGCCGAUCCUUGGGGUGCACCCAACCUCACGCAUGUCACAGAUUACUCCUCAGAAGAAAGGGGAUAGCCCUGCAAGCUUGAUGCCAAACCGCAUAUCUAUGGCCUCCGGGGCUUUGAGUAUGCCACAGACACCUACAGUGCGGACCCCUUCAGUGGAACAGCUGAAGGAGAGGCUAGAAUCUGGUGAGCCUCCAGAGAAGCGGGCAUCUCGUACUUCAUUAGAAGAGCACCAGAGGCUCAUGCAGCAAGCUCUUCAGCACAACUUACUGAGCAUGGCCCGACAGAUACCAAUGAAACUAAAGAUCAAUGGGAAGGCAGCACAGGACCGGCAGGACAGUUCACUCAACCUGGGCACUGGCAGCAUCAACAUGUCCAUUGAAAUUAAUGGCACAAUGUACACAGGUAUUCUGUAUGCUCAGAAGCCUGUUCCUUUAAUUGCUGGUUACACGGGGGGAAGUGGUAGCAGCAAUACCUCCCAAGCGUCUCAGAGUCCCACUUCUUCCAGAGGAACCCCAGGAGCUGAGCCCUCCACCAGCUGGUCCCUCUGAAUAGGAGGGAAAAAGCAUGAUGAUACUACUUACCUCCUCUGCGAGAAAGAGUUACACAACCGUACCUACCUCAGCUUGCAGGAAGACUUCAACUCUGCUUACCUCACCUUAACAAAACGUUUCACAACCGAUUUUUACCUCAUUCUGUGAUGGCAUUACAUAUAUUCAUCAACGGGCAGGAAGAAUACUAGGCAAAGACCUGUCGAUUAACCUGCCUUUGAGCGUCAGCUCUUACCUACUGUGUGGCAUUUUGGGAGCAUACAUGUGCAGUAGACCUGCAUUAUUUCUCUGUCCCUUUCCUGUGUUUUGUUAAGAGGUAAACUUCCACCUGCUGUUUGAUCAAUGGCAGCAACCCAUUUCUUGUGCAUUCACCAUGGGGGCUCUGGGGACGUUUGUUUUGCCCCUUUCCCCUCUGUAAUAUAAGCACCAGGAUCUGUGUUCCUCAUUUGUUGGUGCACAAUCUAAAAAGUGCUUGAUAGUAGACAUUUUGUAGGACAACUGGCUAAGACGUGUUGGGUUUUAGCAUAGUUUGAGCUUGUGUUUAAAAGCAAGCUUUAACCUAUGCUGUCUUUUAAGAGUGCUUAUGUGUUAAUGCCUGGUAUCUUCUGAUGUGAUGUAGUGUUGAUUUGACACUAUAGCUUUAGUUACAUCAUGUUUCUUAUGUUACGAUUUCAGUUGAAGAAAAAGAGCAAAUUACAUAUACAGUCAACUUGAGGGUCUGUGCAGGAGCUGAUACGACCAUGAUAAAUAUUGGGGGAUAUUUUUGAUACAUCCCUUCUUUGUGCUAAACUAGAUUAAUAAUGGCUCCAAGUCCUGGAAAGGUUGUAAAUCGGCCCAGGUACAUGCUUUGAGAGUUGAGAUUUUGUUUUAACAUAUGAAGUCCCCUAAGUAGAUAACCUCUAAAAUAUUGACCAUCAAAUUUUAUGGUGUAAGAUAAAAUGGCAAACAAAUGAUCCUAUAUCAGUGAGGUAAUAAUUCAAUAGGGACCCUCUCUGCUUGGCACAAAUAGUCUGGACAUGCCUACCACUUUUACCUAAAUAAAAUUGAUCAUUACGCCCAAGAUUUUAACUUGCAUACUAGUUAUAUGCUCUCACACUCAGGAAUCCUACUGUAUCAGUUCUAUUUAUAAAUGUUAUGUUUAUUUAACACAUAGAAUACCGUUCAAUUUCUGGAUUAUUUGAUAUCAAAAUAUUCAGUGCAGAAGUUCAAACAAUGUAGAUAAAUUAAUAUGCUAGAAGUUAAAAAAAAAAAAAAGAGAAAAAAAAGAAAAAUAAGUUUUAGCUUUUUUAUGUGAAAGAUAUAUUUGCUAGAUUUCCAAAAUAUGGUCCUAUGUGUAUGAUCAGCUGGCAGUUUAGUUUGAGGUUAGUAUUAUGUUGGCUAAGCUGUAUCUAUACACUGCAUGUACACAAUGCCCAAGUGGUCCCAGAAAGCACUGUGUGUGUGUCGGGGGGGGGGGGGGGGGGGGGG